AUGUGGUCAAGUGUAAAAAAAGAACCCCACAGUUGCCAAACUCCAAAUUUCCCCAUUCGGCAAGGCAUCACAAAAACUCACUCACGGACCCCACAACCGCAACGGAACUACCCGGCCGAUCAAUGCGGCUCCAACCGACACAACCUAAUUUCAACCUCACCCCAACGACCU